UCACCAACCAGGACAGGAGCCAUAAAGAGAUAGCAAGGAGCCCAGAAUCCAUGCCGGGCUCGCAGUGCGUGCGCCAGUGUGUAUUUGUAGGGGUCGGCCCAGACCAGGAGCUGCUGCGUAGCAAUAAUAUCUGGCAUUUACGCAGCUAGGCCUCCGCGCCAGACACUGUUCUAAUGCUUAUCCCAUCCUCCUUAAGACCUCAGGGCAACCCUGUAUGGUGGUGAUAACUCUGUGGCCAGUAAGAACCCCUAUCCUUAACCCCAUUGUGCAGACGCAAGACUGAGCAAGCGUGGAGACAUUCUGUGGGAAGAAGCAGGGUGGCUCUCCCCAGCUCUCAGGCCAAAGACAAUCAUGAAAAUCUGGAUGGGGGCCGGCCUGCGUGUCGGGGAGCCGCCCAGUCCCCCUCCAUCGGGGUUACCGGGCACCGGCCUGCGACUGCGGACUGCGCAAGCGCGCCUUUGGGCAGCUCCCCGACGCGCGGUGCCUGCCGCAGCCGGCAGCGCGGUGGAGGCAGCGCCAUGGUCGCCGCGCGUUUUGGCUGCAGGCUCUGCGUGGGCGGCGCCCGCCCCCGCCCCGGGGUGGCCGGCACGGUCAUUCCGGUCGGCCGGACUGUCAUACAGACCUCCAUGAGCCGGUCCCAGGUAGUCCUGCUGGGCCUGAGCCUGCUGCUCAUGCUGCUACUGUUCAUGGGGCUGCCAGGCCCCCCUGAGCAGACCUCCCGGCUCUGGGGAGACGCCAAUGUCACAGUCCUGGCUGGUCUCACCCGGGGCAACUCCCCCAUCUUUUACCGCGAGGUGCUCCCGCUCCACCAGACACACAGGGUGGAGGUGGUGCUGCUCCACGGAAAGGCCUUUAACUCGCACACAUGGGAGCAGCUGGGCACACUGCAGCUGCUGGCACAGAGGGGCUACCGGGCUGUGGCCCUUGACCUCCCAGGUUUCGGGAACUCAGCACCUUCGAAGGAGGCGAGCACUGAGGCAGGGCGGGCGGAGCUGCUGGAGGGAGUACUGAGGGACCUGGAAGUGCAGAAUGCCGUGCUGACCCCAACUCUCAUCCUGUAUGGGGAGCUGGACAGAAACCUGGCGCGGCAGUCACUGCAGCAGCUCCGUCACCUGCCCAACCACUCUGUAGUGAAGCUCCGGGACGCAGGCCAUGCCUGCUACCUCCACAAGCCACAAGACUUCCACCUUGUCCUCCUUGCCUUCCUUGACCACUUGCCUUGAGCUUGCCUACUGCCCAGGUCCCAGGUCUGGCCUGAGCUUGGAGGGUCAGGCCAGUCCCCACAGAGGCAGACCCUAGGAUCUGAGGGCCAGGUCUAGUCAGGAACUAUCAUUUCAUCUCUCAAGCAGAAUAAAAAAGCAUUUUUGCAUA